AUGAGUGCGCAGGAAGGGGAGGCAGAGGCAAGCGUGCCAUAUGAGGCAAGCGUGCCAUAUGAGGCAAACGCGCCACAUGAGGCGACAGCACCAAGCGGAGACAACGCCCCCAUCAGACCAGACGAGCAACACACGUACGAUGUCAUCAUCAUAGGCGGAGGACUCUUCAGUUGUUGCCUGCACUAUUUUUUAAAGCAAAAAAAACCGGACAUGACAAUUUUGAUUCUCGAAAAGGAGGAAACACUCGGAGGGUACAUAAAAACAGAAUGGCUAGAAGACCAAGGGAAGAAAUUUCUGUGUGAAUUGGGUCCAAACCUUUUUAAAAUGUCCGACGAAAGUUACCAUCUGCUUGAAGAAUUAAAUCUCUUGUUACACAUAAGAGUCUUGAAUAAAAAUCUUAUACGAUAUGUAUACUCAGGUGGACACCUACACCCACUGCGUCUGAGCAUAUGGGGUUACUUUGCUUUUCCCCUUAUAAGUGUAUUCAAUAAAAUGAAGCUAAUAUACAAACUCCUGUUCAAGCGAUACAAAAAAGUGAGAGCGUACGAUGAGGACAUUAGUGUUGAGGAGUACAUGAGGGAAAAUUUCGAUAUGGAGCACUUCAACUUUUUGUUGCUACCUCUCAUUUAUGGAUCGUGUGGGGGGGUCGGUAGCAUUUCGGCUGUCUCCUUUUUUUCGCGCAACCUCAAACUGUUUGAUAAUAAAAUAAACAAAUUGCGUAUGUGGCGCGAGCGUAUGGACAGUGGUGUGUGUAGAAGGGGUGAUGUUGGCUGUGCUGGUUCCCCCGCAAAGGGAGAGCAGACGACAAACAAUGAGAAGAGCGUAUCCUCCGGGGGACUCCAACACUCGUAUGCGAAAAAAAUGAAUCGCAAGUUCAAACCGUACUCCUGGUUCAACAACGUGUUCCACAAACGGGACAUGACCAGAGGGAGCACCAUUACCGGAAGCACAACGGGGGAGGAGGUAAACCGUGACGAAGCUAACCGUGACGAAGUCAACCGGGACGCGAGUGCAGGACACGAGAAUAGCAGCCCAGCGAAUGAUCAAGGCACAACCAAGCACCACGCAGGGAUGGACUCCACGACGGGUCACCCUCCUUUCGUGGGAAUCCCUCUCCUGGAAGUCUUCCUCCACUUGGCAAAAAGAAUCUACGAAAAGUGCAAAAGCACCUUCCUCCAGGUCCUGCUGCUCCUCUACGCCCCGCUAGCCAAAAAGUACUCAAAGGAAUAUGAAGAAAAAAAAAAAAAAAAAAUUUUAGGAAAAACAAUAUCCUUGAAAUAUGGCGUAUACGAAAUAAUUGACAAGCUAAAAAAAAAUAUAAAUACAAAAUAUGUGUGGACGAAUGAAGAAGUAGAUUCUGUUGAAAAGCAUAAGAAAGACAACACUUGGGUUUGUACCGUCAGGAAAAAACACUCCAGCAAAACUUCUUCUAUAUACGGGAAAAAUGUGAUCCUUUCGGUGAACUCCAAAACAUGCGCAAAUAUCAUGCGCAAAAUUUUGCCCUCAGAAAUGAAGGCCUAUCUUGUAAAUGUGCAAUACUCAAGUAUCAUCAGCGUUACAGUGUACUACCAUAAGAAGGACAUAACCCUACCUCCAGACUGCUUCGGGUUUUUGUCUGCGGACAAAACAAAUCACAUUCUCGGGUGCUUCUUCACGAGCAAUGUGUUCAAGGAAAGGUGCAAUGAUGACAAUGUCGUUGUGUUGACUCUAUACAUGGGGGGACAAAACAACCCGAAUGAUGUAUACAUGGAGGAGAAAGACAUAAUCCAAAUCGUGUCCAAUGAGCUGACCAAAAUAUUUCAUGUACAGAACAAUGCUCAACCUGUUAUCCUCAAGGUGAAGAAGUGGUUUGACUCUAUCCCCUUCUAUUCGAACAAUUACGAAAGGCAUUUGAAAUGCUUCCUAAAUGAGCUGGACAACCCACAGUAUAGGAAUUUGUUUGUUGAUUCGGGUUGGAUUACCGGGACGUCCAUAUCUGACAGGAUAACUUCGGCGAGGGACUUGUCGGAGUUUAUGGCGACCAGCGUCUUUCCCUUGAAGACGCAAUGCGGCAGUGCGCUGUUGGCAUGA